AGUGAACGCGUGUGCAUAGCUUCGGAGAGAAGCGCAUGGCUUGGGGGAGAGAAGUAUGCACGCAGUCGAACAGCGCCUGUUGAGUGUGGGACGUCUACCAAUCUUCGUCUACUACAAUACCGUCUCUCCCCUCCUCAAGACAAGAUCAUAUAGGCUCAGUGUGGAAGGGCCUUUAUGCAUUAAAACCAAUAAUGUGAGAACCCGAUGCAGACCUCGUGUCAUGGACGUUUAAUUGUAACAACAGCUCCAUUUUAUUUGUGUCGUACAUUUUCUUAACCGGCGGUGAAAUCAUCGAUUUACACUAACCUACUGAUACCUGGAUUGAGAUGCGGCAAUGUUCCGAGCAAUAUGCACACGUGUAAACUUCUGCUGGAUUUGGCUGGCAGUUCUGUUUCUGCUGAAAGUAGAGGAUGUUGGCGCGUACAGCUGUCAUGAGGUGAAGACCGCUUUCCAGGUGCGACAGAUCGGUCCGCUGAAGUGGGUACCGGAGACACCUGGAACAGAUGUGGACCUGUUGGUGUGUAAGCACCAGGGCCCGUCCUGCUGCACCCGCAAGAUGGAGGAGAGCUACCAGGAGGCGGUGAGACGAGAGACCCUCCAGAAUGUCCGCUCCUACAGCUUCGAGCUGAAGUACCUCAUCUCCGGCCACGCCACUGCCUUCCAGGACACCUUCCAGUAUCUGCUCUCCUUCUCCCAGGGCCACCUAUCCUCCCUGCUAGAGGACACAUACUCGCCCCUCUCCCGGGAGGCCCUCCCCCAUGUCAACGCCCUGUUCUCCUCCCUCUCCCUCUACAUCCGCGGACACAACCUCUCCCUCGAAGCUGCCGUGGCCCGUUUCCACGACAACCUCUUCCCGCUCGUCUACGGGCGCCUGGUCAACCCGGGCGUGGGCGUCCAGGGUGGUUUGUCCGGUGAGCGGGGCGAGUGUCUCCGCGCCACACGGCAGGACGUCAACCCAUUCGGCCCUCACCCCGAAAUGCUCGCUCAGGAAUUGGGGCGCACUCUGGGCGCCGGGCGAGCCUUAUCCCUGGCCCUCGCCGAGGGCACCGAAGUCAUGAACGCCACCGAACACGUUUCCUUCACCAAAGAGUGUUUACGGGGCUUGACCAAGAUGCAGUACUGUUCGCACUGCCGUGGGCUGACGCUGAUCAAGCCGUGCGUGGGCUACUGUCUGAACGUGAUGCGCGGGUGCUUGGCGAGCGUGGCCGAGCUGGACGGGCCGUGGCGGCGGUAUGUGGCGGCUCUGGAGGAGCUGACCAAUGCUGUGGCCGGACAACACAGCCUGGAACUGGCCCUGCUUGGAGUCAGGGGGCACGUGAAUGAGGCCAUACUACACGCUCAGCUCCAUGGGCCCACGCUGACCGCUACGGUGGACAAAGUGUGUGGUCGGUCAGCCAAGGAGCCCCGCACCAGCGUCCACCCUGACCCCGCCCCGGAGGUCACGACCUCCACGGUGACAUCAUCGACCGUCCCUCCCUCUGACCCCCCCUCCAUCCCCCCACCAGAACAGCUGAUGGGACAACUUGCCCACCUGAGGAGUUCAUUCCCCCUGAAACCCUCCAAGAACGAUAAACCUAGAAGUCUGAAAAAGAUCUCUAGGGAGUUUCUGAGCUACAUCCAGCGCUAUAAGUCAUUCUUUGCCGUGCUUCCGGAGAUGCUGUGUGAGGGAGAGAUGGUGGUGGACGACUUUACCUGCUGGAGCGGAGACGACGUGGUGGAGAGUUAUACAGGCAGAGUGGUGGGGAACGGUCUCCAGGCCCAGAAGCAGAACCCCGAGGUCAAAGUUCGCAGCCCAAACCCCGAACUGGCCGAGGUGAAGGAGAGGCUGGAGCGCUUCAACCAGGAGAUUCAGGACAUGCUGCCAGGGCUGGGCCAGAGCGAGUCCUGGGGGGAGCUGGGUAGUGGCGACACAGAGGAUGGCAGCGGAGACUGUGACGAUGAAGACGGGUGUCAAGGGUCUGGAACGGGGACGGUCAGGAGCUCCCCUGAUGGUCGACCAGAGGUUUCCAGCGACAAACCCGUAGGAAGUAACCCUGGUGGUCGUGCUCCCCCGGUGGUUAGGCUGAGAGGUGCAGGGUGCCCCCCUGCCUGUCUGUCUCUACCCACGGCCCUCACCCUCCUCCUGGUCACUCUGGCUCUACAGUGGAGCAUGCUGUGAUCAAAUCAUAAUGCCCCCUACUGACCUGGCCCCAUCCACACACACAGUGGAGACUACACCCCUACACCACCUCCUAUGUACCCCAACCCCAAUGCACAGACUGGACUGGGGUAGAGGAAGGAGGAUGGAUGAAGAAAUGCGAAGAGGACGGAGAGAGAGGGAGGAGGGGGUGAAGAGAGAAGGAGAGAGAGAGAUUUGUGUGUGUGGGGGGGGCUCCUCACAGGCAGAUUGUUACAGUACUCAGCCUGCUGCUUCCUGUGUGUAUGCUGUGGACUAGUCUCCCUCCACAGCUCUCCUGCUCUCUGCUUUAACAAUGCACUCACAUUCUCUACCACUGGGACGGACUACCACGCGGUGGGACGGACUACCACGCGGUGGGACGGACUACCACGCGGUGGGACGGACUACCACACACUGGGACGGACUACCACGCGAUGGGACGGACUACCACGCACUGGGACGGACUACCACGCGGUGGGACGGACUACCACGCGGUGGGACGGACUACCACACGCUGGGACGGACUACCACGCGGUGGGACGGACUACCACGCGGUGGGACGGACUACCACGCGGUGGGACGGACUACCACGCGGUGAGACGGACUACCACGCGGUGAGACGGACUACCACACACUGGGACGGACUACCACGCUGUGGGACGGACUACCACGCUGUGGGAC